AUUUGUGCUGCUGACGAGACGAUGAUCUGACAAAUGUUGUUUAUGUCCAAUCUUUCUCUAAUAUGUUGUUAAAUGUCCCCGUCUAGAGAUAUCGAAUCAAGAAUCUGGCGGACACCCUAGCACAAUAGUCGGUUUCUGAUUAACUUGCAUUUCAGGCGGAUUCCAUGCUCGAAGGAGUGAGAGGAGAAAUCAAAUGGCAGAUGGAAGCCUUCGAAAGAUGUCUAAAAUUGAGCGUCUUAAUGCCCGUGUGGCGAAGCUACUGACGGUGGCGGUGCAUGAGGUUCUGCAGGUGGUUAAAGAGACUGUGUCAGAGUACCAGGAGAACACGGCCAGAACUCAAAGAGAGAAUGAGAGUCUGAGGAAAAUUCUGCAGGAACUCCAGGAUAAAAUGAAGAGAGAGAACACAGGUGCUGUGCAGACUGUGACUGUCCAACUUGAGCUGCAGAAUUGUAAGCAGGAACUUUCCCUGGGGGAGGAUACUGAACUCUUCCCGUCUGAAGAGGAGUUGACAGAGAUUCUCUCUCCAGAGCCACAUGAUGGACUUACCAGCGAAAAACCCUUUGGAGCCCAAACAUUUGGCUUUCCUCCUAUCAGUUUGAAAAAGAAGAACAGGUCGUUCCACUCAGCGUGUGGCCCAAGGAGCUUGCUGCCCGAGGAACGACCAGAAACGACCACACAGAGCAGAGAGUUGGAUCUUAAAUCUGAGAUAGGACAUGAUACACAUGUAAAGGAACACCACACUCUGGUGACUGAUACUGCGCUGUCAGAAACACUAUUGAGUCAUAUGAACUCCACUCACACCGUUUCAAACUCACUUUUCCCAAACGAUUCCCCUCAGGCCUCUCAACCACUGCUGACUUUUGAGGAGAUCAAACCAGAACCUGAAGUGGAAGCGUAUGUCACAUAUUCAACACCAAAGCAUUUUUAUGACUGUGCAGGCUCAAGCCACAUUUUACCCCAGACCCAACUCAAUCGAGACCCUCUUCAACCUAACUCAGAGUCUUAUGAACUUGUGUACUUCCAGCCAAACCAAAAUUGCUCAGGGGAACCAUUUGCAUUGGGAAACAAUGCUGAAUCGGCAUUGGACCGAUUUGAGGAACAGCACAAUACCCUCCCGUUUAGGAAAUCUUUUGGUGGAGCAGGAGGGUUGAGAAUACUCCAGCGACAUCUCGGUAGUGAAAAGCGCUACUGCUGUCCUCUGUGUGGCCGGUGCUUCAGUCACGCUGGUGAUUUUAAAAAACACAAGAGGGUCCACACUGGUGAGAAGCCAUACUGUUGUUCUGUGUGCGGAAAGCGUUUCAGUCAGUCAGGCUACCUAAAAAUACACCAACGGUACCACACUGGAGAGCGACCGUAUGGCUGUACACAGUGUGGGAAACGCUUCAGUCAUUCUAGUAAUUUCAAGAAGCACCAGCUCACUCACCUAGGAUCAGUGCCAUAAUGUAUGAGAACAUAAGGGAUCUUUGACUGAGAACUAUGACAUUCUGUUCAUUUAGAGUUGGUCAGAUUAAGUGUAUGGGGGAAAUGUUCAGGAAAGUGAAAGGAUAAUAUCUGACAGGAGAGAAUUGCUUACUAUGUUUAUGAAAUAAUUCAUAAUCUUUGUUAGGGUUUUCUGAUGUGGACAAUAUUGUGAAAAGCUGGUAUUGGUGCUGAAAAUGUCAAAUCUCACUGGUAGAAUUAAUGCCCAAGACCACAAAUGACUGUAUUAUUCCUGACAAUGGUGGUGUGGGUCUGGGAAUCUUCCUAUUUGGUAUUUACUACUAGUAAACCUCUACAUUUGAUUAGAAUGUGUGUAAUUCUUGUCAUUUUGAAUAAACAAAUAUUUUUCUCCAAAACAAAAUGUACGUACUAUUACAUGUAUGUGUUAAUAAAAUAUAUUCCACU